AUGGAAAUCUUUGACCAACGUACGCUCAUUUUGCUUGAUUGUCACCCUGAUACACGUACAGUAGUCUUGAGUGGGUCUGAAGAUAAUGAUAAAGCCAAUUGCUCGAUAUGGAGCUGUUUCGUGGAAGCUACACUAGAAUAUUGCCGAAUUACGUUCGAUCUAUCUGAGAUCAACACAAGUCAAACAUUGGUAUCUGUACAUGUUGCUGGUUUACCAGAAGGACGAAACGUGCUUAACAAAUGGGAUGAACAAAAUUUGAACCAGAUAGCAAAUAGUUUUUCGUACAUAUCACCACAAUCGGUCGCAGUCUCUCCGCUGCGAAUACCAAUAGCCUUAGAGAAUGCGUUGAUAGCUUUAGAAAAAUCUAAUUCGAAAAAUCGUAAAGUUGUACGAUUUGUAAUAAUAAUAAUGGGGAAAGGGAGUAACGAAACGGGGUUCAAUUAUCAUGAAACCCGCGAGCAAAAGAUCCCAAAGGAUCUUCGACAAAUGAUCCUAAAUACAAUUGAAAAAUUAGAACGGGAGCAAUCAAAGUCAUUUAACAGCAUUAUCGAGCACUGCCAUUUUGAUAUUCUACGAGCAAUCCCUCCACAUGGAAAUAUGAUUGAUGAUAUUCCCAGAACAAUGUUAUCAGAUAAAGUCUCAAUUUCCGUAUAUAACAUAUCAACAAUGCGUAACUCGUUAACUCGUGCCAUGAUCCAUCUAGCUCAAAUUCAUCGAAGAUUAAAUUGUUUGUAUUUGUAUGGAAUCCCGAUGAAAAAAACUUCCCAAAACAUGAAAUUGACAUGUGAAGUCGAAAUACUGUAUCCCGCUGGCCGUCAUUUAAUCUUCAAUAAUAAUAGUAAUAGAUCCGAAGAGUUAAAAAAGAAACGUAUUUUCGAGCGAGGAUAUUUGAUUGAUCGUCAGACUAACGUUAAAUGGUGUAAGAGAAAAGGACAUGAAUUAGAUUCACUAGUAACGAGAUGUAUGCAUCCUAUCACCACGCUAGAUUCCAGCCAUUCACCAUCCUCUGUGCUAAUUCAAAGCCUGCUAAGUGGAUCGAUAAAACUAUUUACGACGUAUUCAACACCAUUCGGUCACGACCCUACGGCUGGUGAAGAAUAUUUAUUUCCUUUAACACACAUGUUAUCGUGUCUUGAUGGAACAUUGUACCUUCAUUGUCUGUCACAUUCCAAUGAGGGAAAUACUUUUAAAAACCACUUGUUAAAUAAAACUAUUCCGCGAGAACUUCAAUCAGUCGUUGUGACUUCAAAAGAUUAUCCAGAAGCGAUACUUAAGGUUCAUAUCAGCACUUUUCCUGUUCCUGGUAAUGGUAAUAAUCAAUUUGAGAAGAUCGAAAUGGCAUCGACAUUAUCACUAUCAUCAUCGUUAAAAAAUGUGCAAAGUUCGUAUGCGUGGAAUUGGGAAUCGAGAUGGUGGAAAAGUCUACUAACAAAAAGUGGCGAUAAUGGAAUGUUAUUGUUGAAUGUGAUGUUAAAAGAAUCGUCGUCGUCGAACGUGAAGUCAAAAAGGUCGGCUGUGAAAGAGGAGACCGACAUGUCGAAAAAUUUAAAAAAUCUGAAAAAUUUAAUCUGUACACCAGAUCCAGUUGAUAAUUUUGCCGAGAUUAUGAAUAAAAUUAGCAAAAUUAUACAUUCUCGUGUAAAAGCUGAUGGCACCGAGAAUAAACAACAGCAGAUACAGCCCCAAGUUCCUCAAACACCAACUACACCGCUUCCAUCAUCUUCAUCUUCAACAAGUUUUGGAUCUAGAUCAUCAACAAGCGCAUCUAAUUUAGAAUCAGAAGUUUCGCUAAGCUGGCAACAACUUGACCAGUACAAAAAUAUGACUGUACGAGAACAUCAAGAUUUCACGGAUGCUGUUUCUUCUUCAAGUCAAAGUUACACAACAGUGAAUACUCAAGUAACUAGUGGUGGUGGUGGUAAUCGACGUGGUCAUCAAGGAAAAUCCGGCGGGAUCUCUGCGGUUUAUACACCCAACGAAGAACUACAACAAUCAUCAACCACCUCCCGAGUCAUUCCUACACCGUAUCUUGCUUACGAUCAAGUAACGCAAAGAGAUGUUGCGUUAGAGCGGGAAAAAUAUAAAAAUCGGUUGGGCGAUGAAAAAAUUUCUAAGCGUCGAAUUUUUGCUGCUCGGAUGCCAGAAAAUUCUUUGUGA